UAUCUUUCUUCCUGUAGAGUCCAGUCCUCAGAAACCAAAGAUGAUCUUCGCACUGACAAUCACGUUGCUACUGGUAACGGCAGGUGUCAACUCCCAGGGCGGUACCCUGGACCAGAGCGUGUGUAACCUUCCAGCGGCGGUUACGGGUGGACCCCCCAUUCCACAGUUUAGUAACAUAGACCAUUUCGAGGCCUACAUAGAGUGUAACAUGAAAGAUAUUGGUGAGACCAUCGAAGUGAAAGAGUACUAUGACAAGAAGGAGGACCGUGGAGCCCUGGACACCGUGCAGUACGGACAGGGCAUCUAUCUCAUCUAUGACUACAGCGUGUUGCAGAUAUACGAAAUCGUGCAGCGGACGGCAACGGAAAACCCUGUUUGUCAAGUAAGGCCGAUGCAGUCGUCAGCACAAAACGGAGUGUUCGGACUGGACACCGGUAGUGACAACAGUGGGCACAUCUUCAGCGUAGCGCAAAUGUUCAACCUGGGAACAGCCGGCAUACGUUACGCAGGUACGACGACCGUUAGAGGAAUGCCAGUCCACCGGUAUAGUCUGUGCGUGUACUGGGAUCAGUGGCAGGCUUCUAUCCAAACUGAUUACUACUUCACUGCCGCUGACUAUCCGAACCCGUACAACUGGGCAAGCAUGGUGCCCGUCAGAAUUACCGCCAAGGGCAUCGCGCAGGGUCCGCCCCACCACCGCCCUGGCGAUCCCGUCAACCCUAGCGAAGUCACAAUGACCCAACACAACUUUGACCACGUCUACGACAUCUUCUUCUUCAAACCCUACGUCAACGACCGCUCAGUUUUCGAUAUCCCAGCAGGAGUGGUCUGCCCCGGACGUCCCUCCGUUAAACCCCUCCCCGAUAUCCCGGCAGCCUUCAGCUACAGGUCUGAGAUCCUCGUCAAGUACAACUUUGUUGUCUCCUACAUCGAUGAGUACUAUGACUACAACUCCAAGCUGGUGCGGUACGACUACAAGCCUCUGGCCGCUUCUUCCAACUCAUUCGGCACAGAUAACGAGAUCGUCGUGCACGACUUCAACACAGGCAUUGAGUAUCUGACUGACGCAAUUUCCGGUAACUGCACGGUUCGACCAAUCACCAACACGAGCUUCGACUCGGAGGCGGUGGAUCCCUACUCCAUACGCAUGCGCGACAAAUUCGAAUUCUUCGAGUUCGACAAAGUCAACUAUAGCUACAGCGGCGUGAAAGAGUUGCGGGGAAUUCCAUGUGAUGUGUGGAUUACGACCCGGAUGGACUGGCCUUUCAAGGGGAAAGUGACGUCAUGGGAGUGGUGGUUCAGUGCGGCUGGUGUGGCAGCUUCUACAACAAACAGAGGCUUGGAAGUCAAUGUUCCUAUUCACUUGGAGGUCCGGUCACUCGAUCCGACUUUCCCAUACUAUACCAUCUACAACACGUAUGCUUUCGACAACAGCCAACCCAAGUUCAAUUACUUCGACAUCAGCCAUUGUUUCCCUGCUGAAAACAGGAAGCGCCUCCAGGUGACAUUCCCAGGUAACUACUUCACCCAGGUGUUCAGUAAUCAGACGCUGUUCAUGGAGGAGUUUCUGCUGGUGGUGGUGCAGACAGGGAUGGUGUCUCCUCUCAGAGUUCGCGACAUACAGCUUGACUAUGACGACAGUCGGCGGAUCCUGGUUGAGUUCACGCUCCUAGACAAGGCGCCCAUCACCGGCAGUGUGUACUGUUCGGGCGGCUGCCGACCGGAGACACCUCUACAGAGCGCCAUCAACAAGGUCCAGUCGGCGGUCAACGGCAACCAGUUCACCGUCCAGAUGCCUAACCCUGCCGAUGCCAAUAAGCCUCUGGUGUUCACGGCGUAUCCAGACAAGUACCGGGAUGACCUGACUGUGCCCGGAAAACCUCAGCAGGGAUACUCCUCUGGAGACAUGGCGGGACUGGCUAUGGGCAUGAUCAUCCUCGGCCUGCUCGUUGGUGGUGGGUCCGGAUUCUUCGUCUUCAGAAAUGCAUGAUUCAAUUAGCUUUUUUAAAUGUAGCUACAACAAUGAUAGCCACUGUGCGUGCACAUGUAUUAAAACAGUGUAGUUAUAACCAUAGUAGCAUAUGAUUAUAUUGCAGAACAAACAAAAACCAUUAAGAUAUACUUGUACUCAAUGAUUUUAAGCUCUAGACUGAAAAGCAAGGAUUUUGUAGACAGAAGGAUUAUGAAUAGGAUAAAGUCAUAUUCAUAUUCAUAAAGUCAAAUAUGAAUAUGAAAUAUGCAGGCUUUAAGGUGGUAAAAUUCUUGUGUGGAACUUUUAUUGGUAAUUUUUCCAAUGCUGCCGAUUUAAAGGGUUAUGUUGUAUUACCUUGUGAUUUUGAUGCAUUAUGCUAGAAUAUAUAAAGAAUAGGAAAAGUGCGCAUUAUGUAAGCUACACGAAGUCAGUAAGUAUGGUAAAUUGUAUACUGUCCAAUUCAUAAGCAUUGUAUCCUUGCCAGUUUUGUAUCAUCUUACUUUUGCUUUGUAUUGGUGGCUACUGUUUCAAUACAGCCAAGGUAAUACUGUAUGUUUAAUUCUUACCAUAGUACUAUAGUGAGAAGGGGUUAAAUUUUAAGAUUAUAUUGAGUGAGCACAUUGUUGUUAAAGACAUAUUAGUAUGAUUGAAUAUCUCCUAUGUACAAAAAUCGUUUACAGUUUGCCUCUUAUUUUGCUCACAUGAUAGAUCACGUGUUUCUGAAGUAACUAUACCAGUGAAUAUGUUUUAUGUCUUCCAAAUCUCAAACAUUUCAUUGAUAACGUUAUGUUUAUGUGGAACGUUUUAAAAUAACUAGUAUUUUUAAGUUUAUGUCUUGAGGCUAAUUGCAAGUACGUAACAUGGUAGAAACAUACAUGUGACAAUCGACAGUGAUUGACAUUAUUGUAAAAAGAGGCUACUCGAAAACUACUGUUGGCUAUAUCUAGACAUUUUGGGUUUGACUUCUUUUUUGGAAGCAGAGGAAUACAAAGAGCCCCACUUUUCCCACAAUUUGUGGGUUCUGUAGAAAAGUA